ACUGCGCUCGAGGUGAGGCCUGCGAGUGUGGGGCCGGAGGCACGGCGUGAGCGGCGAGGCCGAGAGGAGGGCACACACAACUUGGGGAAGGAGAACGUAGUGACGCGGACGGGAUCGGUCUGCGGAGUGUGUAACGACGUCCGGCUCCAAGAGGACAUGGAGAGAGAGGAUGGGUAUAUAACCAUGGCACAUGGAGAUUUCUUGUUUUAAAGCCCAGAAAACUACACCACGGAACUAGUCUCUCAUAGCUUCUUUCUCAUCCAUCACCUCUGCCCUUGUCUAAAAGGAGAGCCCCCAAGAGGAAUGGCUGCUGUGUCUCCAACCACCGGAUGCCAGGAUCCAGUGACAUUUGAGGAUGUGGCCGUGAUCUUCACAGAGGAGGAGUGGGGGCAUCUGGUGCCCAUUCAGAGGGACCUCUACAAGGAGGUGAUGCUGGAGAACUACUGGAGCAUUGUCUCACUGGGACUUCCAGUUCCUCAACCGGAUAUGAUUUUUCAGUUGAAGAGUGAGGAAGAGGCAUGGAUAGUUGAUCUUCACGAACCUGAGGACAGAGAAUGUCCAGAGAAUGUUUCCUUAGACUGGGUACCUAAGCUUGAGAUUCAGGAUGCUUCAGAAGAAGAACAAGUAUCGGAAGGAACCUUCAGGGAAGCGCUUGAAAAUGAAGGUCUUUUGUGCCCUAAAAUUGAAGUUUAUAUACCAGAGAAUAGUUUGGAAACAGAGAAAGAAAACCCUGCAGUAGAGACUUUUCCCUUUUCCCAAGAAAAAAGCUUGCAGCAAGGGUCAACCCCUCCCCAAACAAUUAUUUUUAAAGAAAGAGACCAAGUGUGCAGAAACUGUGGGAAGACAUUUUUUGACCACUCAUCCCUUAUCCGCCACCUGAGGACGCACACCGGAGAGAAGCCCUAUAGAUGUCACGAGUGUGGAAAAGUGUUCAGUCAUAGAAGCAGUCUCAGUAGACAUCGGAUGUCUCAUACUGGGGAGAGCCCUUAUGAAUGCAAUGUGUGUGGGAAAGCUUUCUUUGACCGUUCAGCCUUAACUGUACAUCACCGAAUUCAUACUGGAGAGAAGCCCUUUAUAUGCGGUGAGUGUGGAAAAGCCUUUUUUGAUCGUUCAUCCCUUACAAGACACCAGAGAAUUCAUACUGGAGAAAGUCCUUUUGAAUGUAACCAAUGUGGGAAAGCUUUCAGCCAGAAAAGUAUCCUUACUCGACAUAAGCUAAUCCAUACUGGUAGGAAGCCUUAUGAAUGUAAUGAGUGUGGGAAAGCCUUCUAUGGUGUCUCAUCACUGAAUAGACAUCAAAAAGCUCAUACUGGAGAGCCUCGUUAUCAUUGUACUGAGUGUGGGAAAGCUUUUUUUGACCGCUCACCCCUUACCCAGCAUCAGAAAAUACAUACUGGAGACAAGCCAUAUGAAUGCAGUGAAUGUGGGAAAGCCUUUAGCCAGCGAUGUCGGCUUACUCGACAUCUGAGAGUUCAUACAGGAGAGAAGCCCUUUGAAUGUGGUGUUUGUGGGAAAGUUUUCAGUUCUAAAUCUUCAGUUAUUCAACAUCAACGACGUUAUGCCAAACAGGGAAUAGACUGAAUCACGUGAAAGCUUUAGUCAGAAGAACCACCGUGAAACUUAAGCUAGGUCUUUCCCAUCUUGAAUCCGUCAUGUGAUCAUUCCACCAGUCUGGCUAGUCCUGUAUUUUUGUUGUUGUUGUUGCAUAUAAUACAACGCACAUAAGUAAUGCAAAUAAUGCACAUAGGAAGCUAAUGUGUGAGGGGCUUGUGCUGUUUGCAAAACUAAUGAGCAUAUAAUAUGUGUCAUUUGCAUUAAAAGUAGUAUUCUCCUUCCUGAUCUGCCACCAUAAUGUUUGAAUCAUCACUCUACAUCAGCUAUGUUAAUGUGGGAUGCCUGAAAUAAGGAUAUAACUCUAGCAAUCCAAAAUUUUGGAGAAGCUUGUCAGAUGAUCUGAUAAAUCAGUUCUCAACUUGUGAGUCGCAACCCCUUUGAAGGUUGAAGGACCCUUUCACAGGGGUCGCCUAAG